UUUUACUCACAAAUUCAUAAGUCAUUAUAAAAACCCAUAAAGGGAAAUACAGUUGGAACCCGGUGAAUUAGCCUUCUGUGUUCGCCUACAAAUUGACAUCAUGGCUGAACAGCUUUAUCUCUCUUUUGUCUUUUCCUAAUUUAUUUAAGUUGUUUUGCACUAUUCUAUAUGUAUACAGUACAUUUCGCCAAAUGCUUUGAUUAUGCUCCUAAAGAGUGAACGGCCAUUAAACAACAACAACAACAACUUGAUGAAACGGAGUCCAGUCCGUGUUCCGGUCUCCAGAUCCAGUCCACGUUUUACCUCCGAUCUCUCUUUUCUGUGACGCAACAGUACGCUCUAUUUUUGGCAAUACCCCGAAGAAAUGUGUUUGAAAGUGUCCUGUGUUCUUUUAGAAAUGAUGUAUAAAGCAUGAAUAACAUGUUCAACACAAGAAUGUGUCUGAAAAGCGUCCGAUGUCUGCAGUCUUUGUCCAGGGCGGGAUGGAGGCGUCUGUCUUCCAGGCAGGGAGGCGCGAUGAACGUGUUUGACAGGAGCAUGAAGCGCAAACAGAAAGAAUGGGCAGCAUCAUUACAAGACAGCGACAAAUACGAUUACCUUAGAGACGAGGUGGGGAGCAGGGUGGCAGACAGAGUAUAUGAUGUCUCAAGGACAUUCCCUUUGGCUCUAGACGUAGGCUGUGGGAAGAGUCACAUUGCAGAGCAUUUGAGUAAGGACAUUGUUGGACGUCUCUUCUUAACAGACAUCUCCGACUCUUGUCUGAGGAAGACACGGGAGUGUGAAAUUCCUGCUCACUGUGUUUUGGCAGAUGGGGAGUUCCUGCCCUUUAAAGAAAACACAUUUGACCUGGUGCUCAGCAGCCUGAGUCUGCACUGGAUCAACGAUCUUCCUGGAGCUUUGAGACAGAUCCACCAGGUGUUGAAGCCGGAUGGCGUGUUUAUUGGAGCAAUGGUUGGCGGUGAGACGCUCUAUGAGUUGCGGUGUUCUCUACAAUUAGCUGAGCUUGAAAGGGAGGGAGGAUUUGCCCCUCAUAUCUCACCAUACACAGCUGUCACUGACCUGGGGAACCUACUGGGCCAGGCCGGCUUCAACAUGCUCACUGUGGACAUUGAUGAAGUCCAGGUCCAUUAUCCUGGUAUGCUAGAAGUCAUGAGUGAUUUAAAAGGUAUGGGUGAAAGCAACUGUGCAUGGAACAGAAAAUCACUCUUGCACAGAGAUACCAUACUGGCGGCAGCUGCCAUUUAUAAAGAGAUGUACGGCAGUGAAGAUGGAUCAGUUCCAGCCACAUUUCAGAUCCUCUAUAUGAUUGGCUGGAAGCCUCAUGAGUCUCAGGCAAAACCAGCAAGUAGAGGUUCUGCAAAUGUCUCGUUUGCCGAUUUGUCAAAAAUAGAAAAACUUCAGACUGAUCACCAGAAAAUCAAUGAGAAGUCAUAGGACGAAAAGAUGUGUUUAUCCCUCAAAUCGACCCAUCAUGGACUCUUUAUGAUCUGCUUCACUUAAAUGUACAUGAUUACACUGAAAUGUUGCAUCAACAUACUGAUUUUUUUAUUUGUAUCUGACAAAUGUACACACAUAUAAAUAAACUAUGACUUGAGUGCUAAA